AUGUCACUUUCGUUGUUCUCCACUCCUCAGCAACCGCAACCGCAGUCUCUUUUUCAACCACAGCAGCAACAAUCUCCUUUUCAACAGCAGAGCAAUUUGUUCCAGCAACCGCAGCAGCAACAACAACAACAACAAUUUCAACAACAACAACAAUUUCAAGCACAGCAACAGCAACAACAGUUGUUUUUGUUUACUAACGAUAAAACUCCUGCCAGUUACAGCACCAAUUGGGCGGAUCUUCAUCCUGAUUCCCAGAAGUUUUUACUUCAGAUCGAGGAGCGGAUAUUGGAAUAUAGAGAUGAAAGCCAGAGACUUGAUCAGUGUAAUCGUCUUUAUGAUUCUUCAGUUUCGAAUGAUGGAUUUGAGGUUGAUGCAAGCCAUAUUGUUCAGGAACUUGGUGGAAUCAGCACUGCUAUGGAACGGCAGAAAACUUUGCUACAUGAGUUGAUGUCAGUUGUUAAAGAUAUGUUACGUAAUACAGAGGUUGCUGUUCGAUCCUUUAUGAUCCUACGUCCAAGGUUCCAUCAUCCUAGUGGGGGAGCAUCAAGUGCCACUGCCCCAUCACAGACCCCUGGAGCAACAACACCUAGUUUGAACAGCCAACCAACAUCUACAUCUAUAGUGCCCGUUUUUGAUUUCUACAGUGGUCUUCCGAAGAAACCAUCACCCUUUUUACAGCAAACAAUUCUUCGAUUUGAGAAAUAUCUUGGUGAAUGUCAUCAGUGGAUUCAAGAGUUAGAGCAGCUACUUCUCCUAGAAUCUGAAAAAAACGCUUCUAAUAAUGGAUCCUCGUUAUUGCAGUCUCUUCCCAAAGUCAUGACAAAUGUGCAUGACUUUUUUGUUCACGUGGCUGCAAAGGUGGAGAGCAUUCAUCAGUACAUGGAAUCUAUGAAAUCAGCAUACCUAGUUGAUCAGCGCCGCCGAGGGGAGGUGAAUGAUCCAUUUCUAGAGGCCGACCGGCGAGAAACUGCAAGACAAGAAGCUGCAUCAAAAAGAGUUCAUCCAACAUUGCACUUGCCUGCAAAUUCACAACCCUCAACUCAAGUUGCUGGGUUGUUUUCCAGUUCAGGAACUCAAGGAGCAUUGACUGCUCAACAGACUGCUGCAACAACUUCAUCUUUGUCAACAGGAAGUGGUUUGUCUCUUUUUAGCACACCGACUUCAGCUCCAUCGUCAUCUAUGUCAUCUUUGUUUGCAACACCAACAACUCCGGCUCAAGGAACCUCAUGGUUUGGAUCAUCUAGUGCUACGCCUCAAACCUCACUUUUUGGUUCUGCAUCAUCUAGUGCUAUGCCUCAAACCUCACUUUUUGGUUCUGCAUCAUCAUCGCUACCUGGUGCGACAUCAACUCCCUCUCUGUUCGGUAAUAAUACUCCAUUGUUUAGCUCAACUCCGGCUGCAAAUUCACUCUUUUCAACUCCGUUUGCUUCAGGUGCUGCAACAGGAUCAGGAGCAAGCUUUGGGGGAUCUAAAAAUCCGCGGCCAAAAUCCAGAACUGCUCGGCGCUAA